AUGUUUCAAAAUCCAGACAGCAAGUCUCCUCAGUUUAUGGAAAUAUUUGUCAAUGAUCAUGUAAGUUAUGCUAAUGGAAUGUAUAUGUCACAUGAAUCGGAACAUUUUUGGCAGCACCAUUCAUUUGUCAAUCGGAUUUUGUUGUUGCUGUUGAAAGCGAAGAUGAUGGAAAUUCUCAAAAAUCUGCAAAGUGCUUUUAUGGGUAAUCCUUAA